AUGAAAGUACUAUUGCCAAGCAUUAUUGAUAGAGUUCAAUCAACAUUCCUGAAUGGGAGGAGUAUUAUGGAUGGAGUUCUUAUAGCAAAUGAGGUUGUGGACUGGUGGAAGAAGUCUAAUAGAAAAGGGCUAAUCCUAAAACUCAAUUUUGAAAAAGCUUAUGACACUGUGAACUGGAACUUUCUCAGUCAUAUGUUGGAGAAUUUUGGUUUUGGCUCUACUUGGACCAAGUGGAUGAAGGGUUGCAUUUCCUCUGCAAGAGUUUCAGUUCUUAUCAAUGGGUCACCAUUACCUGAGUUCUACCCUCAAAAUGGUUUAAGACGAGGUGAUCCAGGAUCUCCGUUCUUGUUUAAUGUUGUUGUAGAGGGACUGAAUAUACUCAUAUCAAGAGCUAAGGCAUUGGGUAUCUUUAAAGGUGUAUCAGUAGGGGGCAGUGAUGUGGUGGUUAAGGAGUUUGCUGCAAAAUUACAUUGCUCAAGUCAAAAGUUACCAUUGAAGUAUCUAGGGCUCCCAUUGGGGGCUAGUCCUAGUAGGAGGGUGACUUGGAGACCAGUUGUGGAGAAAUUCAAGAAGAAGUUAUCCGGGUGGAAGAGAAGAGUUUUAUCUUUUGCAGGUAGAGUUACACUUAUCAAGUCUGUGUUGUCUACUUUACCUGAGGAUGAUGCUCUGUGGAAGCUGGUUAUAUGUGAGAAGUAUGGUUCUUUAGGGAGAAGGUGGUUCCAUGUUCUGGAUAAUGUGGACAUCUUAAUAGGGAAUGGAGAUAGAGUUAGCUUCUGGAGAGAUCCUUGGUUGGGGUCAACAAAUUUUUUAAGUCAAUUUCCAAGAUUGUUCCAGUUGGUGGAAGACAAAGAGCUGUCCUUGAGUUUGCCAAUAGCUAGAAGAUCUAAUCAAGCUGGGUGGGCCUUCAAUUUCAGAAGAGCACUUUGGGCUUGGGAAGAAGAUGAGUUGGUUAGAUUAACCACUGUUUUGGGGGAUGGCCCUAUUCUACGAAGUGAAUCAGUUGAUUGUUUGGUUUGGAAAUCUACACAAUCAGGGAUCUUCAAGUGGGCUAUGCCUAGUUCCAUUGAAGGGUUGUUACUUUGGUGGUUGGGUUGGAAGUUUAAGAAGAAAGUUAAUCAGGUUUGGAGGGCUUUACCUGCAGCAAUAUUGUGGUCCGUGUGGAGUGUGGGCUUUACCAUUGUCACUGAGUUACUAAUGUCGAUGUUCAAUUUUGCUGCUGCUGUUGUUUACUGGGUGAAGAUUAUAGUUUGCAAGGGGUGA